AUGAAAUUUCACACAAUUGAUAUUAUAUUUUAUGAAAAUGAUCCUCUUUGGUCAAGCUUUCAUUCUUAUCUAGAAGAAGUAAAGCAGGCCCUGUUUCAGGCACUGAAAUUCAGUGUGAUAAAUGAAUGCAAGAAUGUAUGCCUAAAUGGAGAAACUGAAAGUGUGCCAGUGAUUAAUCCUGCAACACAGAUUGCUCAGUUGCAGGCUUUGGCUUCUGAGCUUAAAACUGGUUUUACUGAAGCAAUGCAGGAACUUUCAAGAAUCCAGCAUGGAGAGUAUGCUCUGGAAGAGAAGGUCCAAAGCUGCCGUUGUGCAAUGGAGGAGAAAGUGGCAGAGAUGAAGAAUUCUCUAAAUUGCUUCAAGGAGGAGCUUAGUGAUGCCAAGUCCAUGAUUGAGGAAAUCAGUGCAAAGCAAGAAGAGAUGCAGCAGAAAAUCGAGCAAUUGCAACAAGAGAAGAGGAAAGAAUCCCGCAAACUUAAAGCAAAAAGAAUACAGAAGGAGGAGCAUGGGUCACAGACAGUGCCCACACCACUGCAAGGAAGCCCCUUUAGAUCACUGAACCUUCCUGAGCCAGUGUUAAUUAACGAAGAUUUUGUUAAUCUUUUGCACAAUGCAACGUAUGAGAAAGUCGCUGAUUGCAGACCCAGGGGACUGGGAGACACCAACGUGAAAGGGCUAGCCAGUACGAAUCCGGACACAGAAGAGAGGGCUUCCUCAUCAGCUGAUGCUCAGUCAAAGGGACAGUCAGCAGCCACAGUAUGGAAACAGACCAAGGACAGUAAAGAGUGGGGUGGUGAGCAUAUUUCAAAGGAUCAUAUGGACAGGCAGAAGGAAGCGGUGCCAAUUGGCUAUAGCUCAAUGGAGAAUAUGCUGCGAGAUUCUUCUGUUGCAGCAAAAAGGCAGAAUGUUGCUCUGGAUUUGCUGGAGUCUGAAAGGAAGUAUGUUGUUAACCUCUCCUUGGUCCUCAAAGUGAGAACCACAGUGCAAGGCUCAGAAGUGAAGAGAAAUACCAAGGAAAGAAGUUUUUUCCCCAGCUCUUUGCGCUACUUGGUCCAACAGCACGUAGAUUUACUUCAUGCCCUGCAGGAAAGAGUACUGAGCUGGCCCCGACAGGGAAUCCUGGGAGACAUAUUUCUCAAGCUGACCAAUGAUGAGAACAAUUUUUUGGACUAUUAUGUUGCUUACUUGAGGGAUUUGCCAGAAUGCAUGUCACUAAUCCAUGUGGUGAUUCUGAAAGAAAUCGAGGAAGAAAUAAAAUCUGACCUCUACAUAUUCUUCUUUCAUAUUGUCCAGCGUAUUCCUGAAUACCUUCUUCAUUUGCAGAACAUUCUGAAAUACACGGAGCAGGAGCAUCCCGACUACUACCUUCUCCUUGUCUGUGUUCAGCGCCUGCGAGUUUUCAUCUCCCACUACAGCCUUCUCUUCCAGUGCAAUGAAGACCUUCUGAUACAGAAACGGAAGAAGCUGAGGAAAUCUUCCUUCAUAAAGUUAUAUAAAGGUCUCGCUUCCCAAUGCACCAGUACCGGCCAAGAUGCAUCUCCAACAAUGAGUGUGACUUCCAUCCGUGACAGCGGGAUACACUCUGAAGAGGCCAUGCAGCUGUUCCCGUCAGUCUCUGCUUCUGGAACGACCGCUAUGCACUUGAUGUCACACAUGAAGAAAAGCCAACAACAAGCGGUGGAGAAUGCGCAGGGAGCAUCACCGUGUGAGUGGGAAACUGAUGGGAGAAGGCCAGACAGGCCGGACAACAUCCUGACUCCCUCACAAUUCAAUGAGCAGGACCUGAAGGCCCUGGCAGCUUCCCUCCAGGCUCUGCCCGACAUGGAGUACCACACGCCAUUGUCUAAUAUGAAAGGAAAGCCUGAGCGGACCCGGAGGGCCUCCACAACAGAACUUCUCCAUGAGAGUUCAAGUUUUGCUCCUGACUACGAAGACUUUGAAUACCGCGGGGACACGUACACCACGCCUGGCCCCUACGAGGAGGAGCCCCUUCAAAACCUGGCCGCCUUUGAGACCUGCUCUCCAGCUUCUUCUGAAUCCAGCAUCGACAUUUGUUUCUUGAGGCCGGUGAACUUCACGACGGAGCCAGAGAGGACAGAGCACACGUUACAGCCACUCCCAAAGAGCAGUGCUCCAAUCAACAGCAGUGGCAGCAGCACCUACAAACGCGAGGUUUUCCGCAGCAAAGGCAAACAGUUGAGCCGGUCCUUGAAGGAGUUUCCCCGCAGCAGCGGGACCGACGGAGUCUGCACAAGGCUGUACAGCACACGGAGCAGCAGUGGCAGUCGGCUGCCAAACAAGCCGGAGAGGGGCUUCCAGGUGCAUGGGGUCCCUGUGGCCACCAGGAGCAACCAGCGGAACGUCUUUCCUCCGCAGAGAGGAGUGGGUGAAAAGCAAAGCUUUGUGGAAGAGAUGCAUUUAGAAGACAACAGCAGAUUCCCUUAUAGGGAUGACAAUGAGCAAACAUCUUUCAGCAACCACAUUCCGAGACAAGGACAGAAAGGGGGCUUUCGCAGCUCUUUCCGCAAGCUCUUCAAAAAGAAGUGAGCCAAGCAGGGAAAGACCAACUGUUUCAGCAUUUCUCCUGUGCUGAGCUCUUUGGUUCGAGCCCCAUCUACCGCGGUGGUUUUGCUUCAAAGGCAGAGUGGUGGUACGAAAUUUAUUUUAAAAGAUUCUGCCUUCUGAUCCCCAAAAGAGAAAUGGCCAGGUCCUGUAUUUUCAGGGUUUAAUCUUAGGGCCUGCAUUGUAUUUUGCCCAGUCACUCACUGCUAUAUAAUAAAAUCUUCACAUAGUUAUGAAGGUACAAUAAGAGGUCAUCAAUAUAUAUGAUGUUUCAAUGCUUCCAAUCCACUACUUAUCAGGGUGAAAACCCACCAAGAAAUAUGAAAUUUCAUAACUUUUUCCACAUUUAUUAAAAUCAGCCAGGGCUUUAGAGGCUGGAUUGUAAUGCCUUCUGGACCACCAAGUGACUAUUUCUACUAGACACAAUGCAGUUCAGCAGAGAUGGUCCAGCAGAAGGAAAGCUCCUGAACCUCAAUACACCAUUUAUUAAGUCUCAGAUCAACUUGUACAUCCCACCCUAAAUAACUUUAGUUAUUAGGGCAAAAUGUGGAAUUUUUUUUUUUGCAUGAUCGUAGAUGGAUCCAAUUAUCAUCUCUAAAUGUACACUUCAGAUCUAAUUGUAGCCAAAGAGGUACAUGUAAGAGUAUGUGUAAGUUCAUGCAAUUUGGUUAAAACAUUAACAGUAUAUAAUUUUUACAACUUUUUUAGUCUGAGUAAUGUAGUGUUAAAACUUAAUGCAACAGACGUAUGAAAAAGCUUCCAAUGUUCUUUCUCCGAAAGUGUCAAGUAGUGUUGGAAUCGGAAUUUUAAACUGAUGGUAAAAUCAGUGCCAUUUAAAAGCAACGCAGAGCAUUCAGAAUCAAUACAGACUGCCAUACAUUUACUGAUUGUUUAGC